AUGCCGCGGCAUGUGCAGCUGCCCAUCCAGGAGCUGUCUGAGCAGCUGGACGGCGCUGCCAUCAGCCUGCCCGAGCUGCAGCGCUUGACGCAGCAAGCCAGCCGCACGCUGGGCGAGUGCUUCAAGCUGUUUGACGUGAUCCACCGCAUCACCACCCAGCACGCCGCCAUCACCCGCAUCACGCGCGAGGUGAUAGAAGACAUGGCGGCAGACAAUGUGGUGUAUGCAGAGAUCCGCACCACGCCAAAGGCCCGGCCAGAGCACUGCAUGGCCAAGGAUUCCUACCUGGAUGCUGUGUUCCGCGGCAUCGCCGACUAUUACGCAGCCAGCCGCAGGGCGCAAGACAUCCAGGUGCGCCUGCUGCUCAGCAUCGACCGGCGGCAAUCGGCAGAGGAGGCGAUGGAGACGGCUCGGCUGGCGGUGGGGCUGAAAGAGGAGGGCGUUGUGGGGCUGGACCUGAGCGGCAACCCCAGCGUGGGCCAGUGGGAGACGUGGCUGCCUGCGCUGAUUUAUGCUCGACAGCAGGGCCUCAAGGUCACGGUGCAUGCAGGCGAGGUGUGGAACCCAGAGGAGACUGCGGCUAUCUUGGCGUGGAAGCCCGACCGCUUGGGACACAUGUGCUGCCUGGAUGCGGGGCUUGAAAAGCAGCUGCUUGAUUCUGACAUCCCGCUGGAGCUGUGCCUGUCCAGCAACGUCAUCACGGAGAGCGUGGCCAGCUAUGCAGACCACCACUUCUCGGCAUUUCAUUCCGGAGGCGAGCAGCUGCUUGGCUGUUUCCUGCCCUGCGGCCACCCGGUGGUGCUGUGCACAGACGACUCGGGCGUCUUUGCCACCUCGCUGUCACGAGAGUAUGCCAUCGCAGCAUCGGCGUUCGGGCUCAGUGAGGAGCAGCUUCAGCAGCUGGCGCUGGCAGGAGCAGACUACAUCUUUCUUGAACCAGGGGAGCAGCAGGCAGUGCGUGAGCGCAUGGAGCAGGCACUGUUUGUGGAGAGCAUCGACAACAGCAAGAAGCCGUUCUGCAUGUUCUGCGACGAAGCUGGGGGCGGCAGCUGCACACGGUAG